AUGGAACGUUCAGGUCUAGGCGACGUAUACGAUGUUAGCGGCCACGGCACGAAGUGCGCCAGCAGCAUCGCCGGCGCGCAGUUGGACGACGUCAGCUCGGAUCGCAGCGGCAGCAUCCGCCUGGACUUAGCCACUGGGGUGGCACCCGCGGCGCGUCUCAGUGUCGUGGACUUUGGUAUUGAAACCAGGCUUUUAAUGAAUAUCGAGCAAGUGGAUCUCGAGUAUCUACCGGUACAUGCGGCUGCGGGCGCCUUCAUCACCAGCGACUCCUGGGGGAGCUACGGAUUAGGGUACAGCGUCAAGUCUCGAAUGAUCCUUUACUUGCUGAUGGUGAUCCUUGACUUGCCAGCCUUCGACAGGUUCCUGUGGAAGAACCCCGACUUCAUUUCGCUCGUCGCGGCUGGAAAUUACGGCGGGAUGGGGUACGCAACCAGCACGAUUGCGGCGCCUGCGACCGCAAAAAAUGUGGUAGCCGUCGGCGCUGGCUAUCGUGCACCGGCAUCAGCGAACAUUAUUGGAGCGUUGUACUUCAUCAACAGUACGAUACCGGGUACCGGCGGCUCAGAUCUCCGUAAGUUCGUGCCAGAGGAGAAUACCGACAGACCUCUGCUGGCCUCGCUCCUCCAGAAUGGCACCUUGCAAGAGCUAGUGCUUGCAGAUCCCAUCACAGCCUGUGAUCCUCUCGACAAUGCUGCGGAAGUGGCGGGAAAGGUGGUUCUGGUGGCUCAAGUAAACCGCGUCGACUGCGACUUCGACGUCCAGGGAAGAAACGUGGCCGGGGCCGGCGGUGCAGCCAUGAUCGUGAUAGCUUUCAGCAGCAGCGCGAGCAAUCUUGUGCUGUCCCCACCCUACCCAACGGCCGCUGACGGCCUGCCUAUGUCCAUGAUUCUGAGGAGCGUGGGCAACACCCUGGUCGACCGCAGCAGAUACGGCAAGGUCUUCCUGGCCGGCAAUACGGUCCGUUUGGAUUUGGAUGUCGUUGCCGACUUCAGCUCCUGGGGGCCCACGGAUCCCGAUGGGCGGAUCAAGCCUGACAUCAUUGCACCUGGCGAUGGCGGACUCUUCGCUGGGGUUGCCGGUUCAGGAGGGGGAUGCGAAUUUACCAAUAACUGGCAGGGGACGUCUGCAGCGACCCCAUUGCAAACUGCAUACCCAAAGUGA